AUGGAAGGAACGUCCCGGAAGCUAGAAAUCACGGUUAUAUCCGCCGAGAACUUGCAUUUAGAUCGAAAACCCAUCAAGAAAAACGCCUCUGCGACCGUCCGCGCCGAAAAUGACAGCCAGUUUCGCACCACGGACAUGGACACCGAAGGCGGCGCCUACCCCAAGUGGAACGAGAAGCUUGUGAUCGACUUGCCAAUGCAGGCGCGGUCCUUGAUGGUGGAGGUUCAAUGCAAGACUUCUUACGGGGUCAGGACGAUCGGAACGGCGAAGAUUCCGGUGUCGGAUUUCAUGGGCGGGUUUGUGCCUGAGGGCUACCUGCAUUUUUUGAGUUACAGACUGAGAGACCGCAGGGGAGAGAGGAACGGGAUUGUGAAUAUUUCGGUGAGGAUGAUGGUGCCGGAGUUGAAAGCGUGUGCUACUACGACGUCGUCUCAUUCGAGCAUGGGAUUUCCGGUGGGAGAUAGCAGCUUUGGCGGCGGUGGCGUGGCGACUGGAAUUCCGGUUUGGUGCGGGGCGUAUCCGAGAAAUUAUUGA